AGUCAUCAUUUUUUCCAAAUCAUUUCAUUGAUUUUUUUUUCUUGUUUUUUUACUUGGAAAGUCCCUGAAUGUUAUGAAAUGCCAAAUGCUUACGAUUAUCGAGGCUCGGUACAUACCACAACCAGCGGUUUUACAUGUCAAGACUGGGCAUCACAGACACCGCAUUCGCAUUCAUACACUCCAGAAAGUUAUCCAGAUGACGGUUUGCUUAACAACAACAACUGCCGUAACCCCGAUCAGGAUGACACCGCAUGGUGUUAUACGACAGAUCCAAACAGAAGGUGGGAAUUUUGCGAUGUUGGCAGUCCAAGUGAAAGUUGCGAAGAACUAUCAACAACACCGCAUUCUACCCAAGAGACAACAACGACCCAGGUUUCUACAACAGUUUCUACAUCCCCUGAAUGUUAUGAAAUGGCAAAUGCUUACGAUUAUCGAGGCUCGGUACAUACCACAACCAGCGGUUUUACAUGUCAAGACUGGGCAUCACAGACACCGCAUUCGCAUUCAUACACUCCAGAAAGUUAUCCAAAUGACGGUUUGCUUAACAACAACAACUGCCGUAACCCCGAUCAGGAUAACACCGCAUGGUGUUAUACGACAGACCCAAACAGAAGGUGGGAGUUUUGUGAUGUUGGCAGUCAAAGUGAAAGUUGCGAACAAGAAACAACUAUAACAGAAGUCACAUCUACAGCAAGUAGUACCACAUUAUCAACAACACAGAUUACUGAAACAACUGAGACUGUAGUCACAACUAUGAGAACAACUGAGGCAACCACAACUGUCAGAACAACCAGCAUAGAGUCAACAACACAACCAAUCAUUUGUCAGGAUGAUCUUGGAAUGGAAGACGAUCUUAUAGUUACCAAGUUUAAUUCAAACAGGCAAGAAGUUGGAAAUGUUUGGUAUGUGGAUACUGAUUCUUUACUGAAUGACUACAUUAAUGUUUACUUCAACAAGCCAACUAAAGUGACUGCUUUAACUCUGCGGUCUAGUCCUGAGGGAGCUGAAAUCUCAGAAAUCCGUUUUAAACUUGAAAAGAAAAUACAUGGAAUGACAAACUUUGAAGUCAUCUUUGAGACUGAGAUUAUCUCUGGAGAACGCCUUGAGGAAGAUGGCCCAUUGGUGGAGCUACCAGCUGAUGAGGAUGAUUAUAUCUCCGAGUUGAAAAUUACAUAUUUAAAUAGUGCUGCAGAAAACGCUGAUGUGCAACUCAUUGUCAAAAUCUAUGGAUGCUUUGAAGAUACAUCAUCAUUCGAACCACCAACUGUGCCUCCAACAACUGUAGUUAUAACUACUGUUAGCACAGAAAUAACAACUGUACCGACCACUACUUCGGAACCAACGACGCAUGAAUCAACCACAAUUACACACUCUUCUCAUGAAACUUCAACUGGCAGUGUGACUACGACAGCAACUACACGUGUAACAGAAGUUACGACUCCAAGUGAAUGCUUUGAGGAGCUGUCAGCUGUUGGAGACUUGGUAACACUGACAUCCGGAGAUGAGAUUGUAGACAGUUGGUUAAUAGCACCAGAUAAUAGUGCAUUGACUGUUGUUUUCUCCAAUCCCAUUACACUGACUGGCAUCAGAAUUGAGACACCUUUUGCUAUUCGAUUCACGAUAUCCGUGCAAUAUGAAAAUACUAAUGUGUUGGUUAACGAAGGACGGUUGUUAGUCGAGCCAGACGCCAACAUUGCAUACCCAGUGAUUGAGCGUCCUGUUGUAAAAGUAAUAUUGACAGCAGAUGAUAUGCAAACUAUCACCGCAAGACCAGUAUUCUAUGGAUGCACUGAAGAAGUGAGCACUCCAACUAUCGAAACAACCACAGUGACUGAGACAACAACAACAACAACACCUUCUAUACACACAGAGACACCAACUACUGUUACAUCCACAACAAUGGUGGUAACUACAGAAACUCCAUCAUCCAGAGUCACCCACACAACGACUGAAACAGUAACAACCAUAGUCCCUGAAUGUUAUGAAAUGCCAAAUGCUUACGAUUAUCGAGGCUCGGUACAUACCACAACCAGCGGUUUUACAUGUCAAGACUGGGCAUCACAGACACCGCAUUCGCAUUCAUACACUCCAGAAAGUUAUCCAGAUGACGGUUUGCUUAACAACAACAACUGCCGUAACCCCGAUCAGGAUAACACCGCAUGGUGUUAUACGACAGAUCCAAACAGAAGGUGGGAAUUUUGCGAUGUUGGCAGUCCAAGUGAAAGUUGCGAAAUUUCUACAACAACAUCUGUGCCUACAACUGAAACACCACCCCCUGGCACAACAACACCACCACCCAUGUUGGCAGUCCAAGUGAAAGUUGCGAUACAUGUGAUUAGCCUAUAG